CACAAGGAGAAAACACUACAUUUUUACUCUUAUCAAAAUGGAAAACUACAGAAAAGAUUGCUGAUUGGGCUUCUUUUAUAAACAGUCUUUCUUUUCCUUUCUUGUUUUCCUUUUCUUGUUUUCCCAAUUUUAAGAUUUCCUUUAUUAUUAUUCUUUUCCUUUUUCCCGCCAAAAUUCUAUCCAUGUGUUUUUGGUCUAAAUCUCUUUCCACCCUUCUCAGAAGAUCCAUUACCUCAGGAGAGAUCACCAGGAAAACAGCAUGCUGUAUUCCAUAGGUUAAAUGGAUGAAGAUUUAGAUAAAGAAAUAGCAGCGUAUUCCUUACAAAACUCCUCAGAAGCAUUGCUUUCUAUUCAGUUACUAGAUUUUAAAACAACAUUUCUGGAGGCAGUAGAAGAGCUGCGUAUGAGAAGGGAUUCGGAAAAUCUUUAUGAGGAACAAAUUAGCAGACUUGUUGCAGAAAAACAGGACCUUGUAUGGCAGAAGGAAGCUGUUCAGCAUGAGAAAGAAGCAUUAAAGAAGCAGCAUGCAGAAGCCAUUACAACUUUAAGAAAACAAUUUCAAGCAAAAAUGAUUCCUAUGGAAGAAGAAAAGGGAAAACACCUGCUUGUUAUAGAAUCAAAAGAAAGAGAAGUGGAAGGAUUGAAAGAAACAUUUAAAAACUUACAGAUUUCAAAAUACAUGUUGCAAAAGAAGGUUAAUGAAAUGGAGCACAAGAUGCAAUUGUACAAUUCAUCAAAGGAAGAUUAUCAGAAAAGACUGAAUGAAUUUGAAAAAUGCCAUGCAGUUAUAAUGAAUCAAUUUGAAAUAAUAAAAGGUGCUCAUGGGAAAUUAGAGAAAAAUGUUGUGGAAGCAAUUCAAUUCAAUAAGAAUUUGUCAGCAAUUAAUACAACACAAGAGUCUGAGAUAAAUAACCUAAAAAAGGAACUAAAGAAAAUUACAUCAGAUGUGAUAAAAUCCAAGGUUACCUAUCAAUACAAAGUGGAAGAGGAUCUCAGUCUGAAGGCAAAGGAACUGGAUCUAAAAAUAUUACAGCAAAAAAAUUCAUUGGAAGUAGAUUUAAAUGGAAAAAUUACUGAAGAAAUUGCAAGACUUAAAGAAGAGAAACAGGAGAUUAUGGCUUCUCUACAACAUAUGCAGCAACUCCUCUGCAGACAGACUGAAAGAAAUAACAGAAUUGAGGUGGAGUUGAAUAAACUAAGAGAAGAGUAUCAGAUCCUUGAAAGAGAUAAUGAGAUGCAAAGGGAGAAUGCAAAAGAAAAUGAACAAAAGUUAGCUAGUCUUCUGAAUGAAUAUAAGAAAGUACAAGCAACUUUGAAAAAUGAGGUAAAAAACAUAUCUAAUGAAAAUCAAAUCCUUAAAGCCCAAAAAGAUGAUAAGUAUACACAAACUACAAUGAAAUAUUUGAAUGAACAUGAACAAAAAGAAAAUGGAAGAAACAAUAAUCUGGAGAUAGACAUUGGUAUAAACAUAGGGAAAAAGGAUUCAGAAUAUUUUGAAGAAUUGGGACAUUCUGUUGAUCAUCUGGGUGCUGGUGUUGCAAAUGAAGGCAUUUCUGAGAGUCCUGAAAAUAUUAACAAUACAAUCCAUAAGGAAGAUUACUUGGCAAAUAAAGAAAUUAGUGAAGAGCCUAAAGAACAAAUUAAAAUUGCUUGUGAGAAAACUGCAAAUAACCAUAUGAAAUCUGAAAUGGAUUCUAUAUUGUUACCAGCGAUCAACACAGGUAACUUGGAUAAGUACAAUGAUAUUAGUAAUGAAGAAAAAACAUCACCAAAACAUAAUAUAUCUGCCAAUAAGAAUAUAGGCAUAAAUAUUCAUAUUGAUGAAAACAUUAAUAAUCUACUUCUGGGAAGAGCGUUAAGUACUGAAAAUUCAGCUACAGGUGUACAUGAAAUGCCUAGCAAACACUUUGAUAACUACAGUUCCGAAUUGAAAGAAGUGAAUACAAAGAUUUUGCUCCUGGACACUCAAGAUAUACAUGAAUCUGAAACCGGAGACAUGAAAAUUAAUGAAGUUGCCAAAGAUAAACAGAUAAACACCCAUACUUCCAAAGACAACAGUGAGCAAUUUACUGAAUUUCUUAAUGAAGAAAAAGAAAGAGAAAAAUCAUUGAAUACAAUGAUGAAAAAAAUAACAGUGGAAGAAAGCACAAAACAAUCAUGUUCUUUGCUCAUGAAGACAACAGAAAAUUUAAUAAACAGAAAUAGAAGGCUAUCCUUUAACCUUCCAGUUGUGGAAGAAAAAACAGAAUACUUAGAUUUAUCAAGAAAACGUCAAGAGGAAAUUCAAAUAAUGCCUGUCUCCUUGAAGGAAAGGCCUCUCUCCCAAGAAAUGAAAACUGCUCAGAGCUCAAGAAAAAUUGAUAAGAUCAUAAACAUGCCUAGUGAUGUAAGACAAGAAACACCAGUUUCCACUUGCAGUAGUAGAACUGCUGAUUCUUUGAAUACCGGAACUACUAAUCCAAUCCCCAAGAGAAAUCCCAGUGCAGAAUGGAAUGCAAUAGCAAACAGUUUUUAUGAUCCUUUUUUUCCCACAGAACACGCCACAACAGAGAUUCUGUUACAGCCGCAAAUGAAGUCAAUACAGCUUCUGCUCUCUGAAGUCAAUACAGCUACUGUAAAAGGGAACUUACAUAGCAUUGAAGAUGGGAAUUCACAAAAUGUCUUCAUGGACACCCAAAUCAGUAAAACUGAAAACUUAUUGUAUUUAGAAAAGCUCUGCCAGUCCAGAAAGAGAAAGUAUGAAUAUUUGGAAAAAACAGCGAUAUCAGGAAAAAUGGAAAUGUAAUUGUUCCUAAAUGCAUGUCUUUGGCUGUUCUCAUGCUUCUGUUACAUUCAGUGCUAAAAAUAACCUCUUGUGAAAUGAGAAAAGUUGAACUGCUCUGGUAAUUGCAAAAAUCCUUAAUUUUUCUCUAUUCUCCAAGUGGGGAUUGACUAUUGGGAGAUAUGUAUACAUGGGUUUCUUUUAAAACUUUUUUUUCACUGCUAAUCAUUAGGGGGAAAUGAAUGCAAUCAAAAUGAGGGUACUAAAUGUAAAUUAGUUCUCAAGCUAAUCUCUAUUUUCAUAGUUCAGAAUCCUAAUACAGUAUAUCUUUGGAGUUUUCCAAACUUAGAAAUGACCUCUAGCUACCACAGAACAUUAUUAUUUUAGAAAAAAAAUAGUUAUUGAAAUAUUAGAAAAUACUUGUAGCUCGGGUUUUAGAUUUUGGCAGUGGUUUGCUCUCUGAGCUUGUUUUUAGUUUUUAGUUCUGGAAUGUUUCAUUACCAGACUAGAUAACAGCACCAGUGGAUUUAUUUAUUUAUUAAGUCAGCCUGCUACUUUUUUG